AGGGACGUGUUCUGUGUUCGUGCCGAUCUCUAUUGAAAAAAACUGACCAACUUAUGUGUCGACACGUUUUCCGUUAGUUUUCAUGUCUUAUCGUUUAAACCGAACAUCGUGUUUUAAGUGUUGUUGAAAUAUUUGUUCAGAAGAAAUAUGGAAGCUCCUCCUGUGGAAGUUGGCAGCGACAAUGCCCCCAACUAUGGUACGUGCAUGGAAUGCGGUCCCAUACGCUACCGAAGCAAUCGGAACUUCUGCGGCAAUCACCACCAGUUCUGCGACUUCUGCUUCCACAACUUGGUCUUACCGCUGGGCUGCCCCGUGUGCAACCAGAUAAGAUACGAAAUGAACAGCGUAUACUGCCCCAACAGGACCAGAGGAUGCGACUACGUACGACAAAAAGACAACAUGGGCGAUUUUAAUAUGCACAGCGAUGGGUGCAAAUUGCGCUUUUUGAAGUGCGAGUGCAGUCACUUCGGCAUAAACAACUGCUGUUGGUACGGAGGCGUCGCCGAUAUAGAAGCCCACUUCAGGAAAGAUCAUCCCGAGCUGAUCGACCUGGUGAAGAACGACGGGGAGAGCGUGUUGCCCAUAGAGCUGGACCAGACCCACAGGACCCUCCAACUCAUCCCCAUCGACGACGACGUGUUCUUCUACAAGCACCUAUUGGACCUGACCAAAAAGAAAUUCUACGUGAUGGUGCAGCUGAUCGCUCCGCAAGAUUACGCCAACCGCCACUUCUUCGACUACAAGAUCAAGAAGGCCGACGGCGACUUCAACAUGAUCGGGAUGUGCCACAGCGACUCCAGACCGUGCGAGGAGAUCUGCGAUUACGGAAAAUGCGUCGUGCUCACGCUCAAGAAGUUGACCAGCUACGUGGUCGACGGCAAGUUGAGGUUCGAGAUCAAGAUCACCAAGGUGUAGAUUUGCGGUCGAUUUUUAAUUAUUAUUGUCGUUAUAUUAGGAAGUUUUAUCUGCAGUUUUUACUAUUGAUGUCUUUUUAUGCUAAUUUGAAUAAAUAAUUUUUAUAUGAAA